UUUUUGUUUUAAAGGUUUUUGCACCUUGUGUGGGUUUUUGUCUAUAAAGAAACAGGGGCUGGGAAAUAUAGAAGAAGAAAAAACAGAGAGAAAAAGAGAGGGAGAACUGUAACGAGGAUGAAUUGGAGCUGGGCGUGAUCGAUCAAUGAAUUUGAACAUCAUUGUAGAAUUCCGAAAGAUCUCUCGAGUUCUAUAAUCCUUGUUGUUUCCGCUGGAUCGCGCAAUUCUGUACAGAAUUCGAGUCCAUUUUUGUUGAUAAAUUCUUGGGAAUUCCGUAUGCUUGUUUGAUUUGGUGAUCGUUGUUGAGAAGCUAAUUGGAUCUUGUUAAACAAAGUCUCUUUUGGGUUUGAUGAGUUCUGAUUACGUUGUAUGCUUGAAAUGGUGUUGAAGAAGAGGAUACGUUAUGGAUUUAAUGGUUUUCGGGUCCCCACUAUACCUAAAGCUCCCAGAUCAGCUCGAAGGAGGGGUCCACUUAAGAAGACAGUUGAUGAUGGUCAAAUAUGCGCAUUUGAAUUGCUGGCAUCUUUAGCUGGCAAGCUGUUGCAAGAGAAUGAAAGCUCUUCUGCCUCCAGCAAUGCAUCUGAAGGAAAUGAUCUACCUUUGAUCAGUGAUGCUGACAUUAAACAAGAACAGAAAGAUGAAAAUAAGCCACUGAUAGCUGAUUGCCAUAAUCAUGGGAGUCACGGAGAGAGUGCUUUUGUCCCUGAGUUGGGUUUGCAAAAGAGGGAUGGAAAGUGCUUUUUGAAGGAAAUGCCGCCGGAUGAAUGCGAUUAUAUUCUGGAACAUGCUUCAGUAACCAGAAAUUCUGAUUUCUCAGAGAAACUCAGCAGUGAUGUGAAGUCUGUUUUUUGCAAACGUGAGACGGCUUCUAAAGAUUUUCGUGGGGUGACAGAGAGAGGUUCUCCCGAUCUUGUGGAGUCUUGUGAUGGCAACAUAGAGAAGGGAUUUGUAAGGCAGCAAGAGGCUGAGAAGUUGGUGGAUGGGUAUAUGACUAUGAAUAAUGCAAAUGGUUCAAAGAAUCCCAUGGAUUUGUGUUUAGAAAUUCCUGCGUUGGUCAAUUCAGGCAGUAAAGUCAAAUUGCCAAUGUGCGUGGAUUCUGUUCCUGAUGCUUCUUUUAUUAGGCAUAAGAAUGGUGUUGAAUUAGUUAGUAGAGAUGAUGAUGAAAAAUUCUUUAGGUGCACUAAACCUAGCACAAAUGUAAAAGCUUUUAGGACUCUAACACGAACUGGUGACCAAAGAAUUAGGAAGUUGCUGACAUCAAAAUACUGGAAAGUAGGUCCAAAAUUGAAGGACUAUGACACUGGAAAAACUGACGGUGGACUAAAGCCUUUUCUGUGUCACAAGAGAAAGAUAUAUCAGAAUCGUGAAAGAUGCCAAUAUAACAGUCUUUACAAGAGGAGGAAAAUUUCUGACUGGAACUCGGUCGUGAUUUCUGAUGGUGGAUUCAGUAGUGAGAGUGUUUCAAAUUCUCCUGAGAAGGGCAUGAACAGGGAGAAGAAUAGAGGAAAUGGAGUAUCACCUGGAGUUAUGGGGCAUCAAGCAACCUUCUGCUCCAAGGAUUCUCAUGUGAAAUUAAGCAUCAAAUCCUUCAGGGUACCAGAGCUUUUCAUUGAAGUCCCAGAGACAGCAACUGUUGGUUCAUUGAAGAGGACAGUUAUGGAGGCAGUGACUUCCAUAUUUGGAGAUGGUUUACGUGUUGGUGUAGUUCUUCGAGGAAAGAACGUUAGAGAUGACAACAGAACCCUCUCACAGACUGGUAUUUCAUGUAAAGACAAUUUGGAUAGUCUGGGUUUCAUAUUGGAGCCUAAUGUGCAAGCUUCUCCUCCUGUAUGUGCAGAUGAUCCAUGUGACACUCCUGAACUUGUGUCUAGGUCCCCAGCAAAUCCUAUUUUUGAUUCAUCUGAUGCCUUACCUAACCCUCCUUCACUGACCAAUUCGGGCAAAAAUGUUGAAUUCAAUAAUGAAUCAGUGAUAUCCCAUGCUGACACAACAGUUAACCAUUCUAGAGCUCUUGUCCCGGUUCCAGCUAUGAAUAUUGAGGCACUUGCUAUGGUCCCUGCAAACCAGAAACCUAGGCGAUCUGAAUUUGCACAGCGUAGAACAAGAAGACCUUUUUCUGUGGCAGAAGUAGAAGCGCUGGUGCACGCUGUUGAGGAACUAGGACCUGGAAGGUGGCGUGAUGUUAAAUUGCUUGCUUUUGAGGAUGCAGACCAUCGAACUUACGUGGACUUGAAGGACAAAUGGAAAACAUUGGUUCACACAGGGGAAAUUGCUCCUCAGCAAAGAAGGGGUGCACCAGUGCCACAGGAGCUGUUGGACAGAGUCUUAGCCGCUCACGCAUAUUGGUCUCAUCAUCAAAUUAAGCAGCCUGGGAAGCCUCAUCCUGGAAUUCUGAACGCUUCAGAAAUUCAUUCUGAUAAGGAUGGAACCCAAGGUAUCCCACUCAUAGUGUAAAAAUUGAAAAAUGUUGACAGGUGCAUAGGAAAAGCCAAUUGUACAAAUCAUUCAAUGUAACAUUCUCCCACUCACAUGAUUGAUUCAUUGCCGCUUUCCUGCUUAGAUAGAGGCUGGCAUUUGUAAAUGACUCGCUGGAAUAAGGUCAUUCUAACAUCUACACAGAAUUGUUUUCCCCUUUCAAUAAGUAGGUUGUCUUUUUUUACUUUCUUUCUUGACACUUGUUUAUUUGAUUCUAAUAAAUGUUAUCUUUUGACUCUGGCA